UGCAGCAAAACGAAGCAUGGCCGCGGAGGGCGAGAAGAAACCGGUCCUAGAGAUGGUCCAAGCUGAUGGGGCAGAUGACGGCUGUGUGACGUUUGUGAUGCACGAGGAGGACCAUACACUUGGAAACUCUUUACGUUACAUGAUCAUGAAAAAUCCUGAGGUGGACUUUUGUGGCUACACCAUCACGCAUCCUUCAGAGACUAAGAUCAACUUUCGUAUCCAGACUCGAGGAAACAUCCCAGCAACAGAAGCAUUUCGACAGGGCCUGACUGAUCUGAGUGAAGGUUGUCAACAUGUUCUCAACACUUUUCAGGCACGAGUAAAUGAGUUCAAAGAAACACAGGGGCAGCCCACAGAAUGACUGACAGUGCAGCGGUGACCUGGCAAAACAUCUGUAAAAAUUUAGUUUUUUAUAAUUCCUCAAAUGUU